AUGCUCCUUUCCCUUACGACGGCAGAGCUACGGAGCGGGUGCGGCGUGUGCGGUGUGCGGCUGGAGGCGGGCGCGUGCAUUCAGCAGUGUCGCACGCGCCGCCCGCGGCCGCAGACCGCUUCCUCGCUCCGCCGAGCCGCCCGCGCCGCCUCCCCGCUCUGCCGCACCACGCGUCCGCUGGGCGCGUCGCGCGGGCCGCGGGCCAGGCCCGCGAGCCUGCUGCUGCUCGCCGCGUGGCUGGCAGCCGCCGCCGCCGACCCGGCCUGUCCGCAACCGCCGGCGACCCAAGUCGUCUGCGCCUCUUGCCGCUCCUACGAGAGCGCGCGCGAGCACAGCUUGAAAGUGAUCCGCGAGAGCCUCCUCGCGAAACUCGGCUUCGCCCAAGCGCCGAACACUACGGGGAGGCAGUUGCCGCGGGUGCCUGCAGAUCUCAUAAAACGCUUCGAGAUGAGGCCUCCACCUCCCGGCGUGCAGGCAGAUGCGCCUGCGCCGUCACGGACCUUCGUCACUCACACGGAACAGGACGACUUCCUGGCCCGUACCGAUAACGUCCUCAUAUUUGCCCGUUAG